AGAACUUUCUUGUUGGUUUCUCCUUUCCAGUAUUCAGCGGCCUUCUUCCAUUGACUGGGUUCCUCUAUGGUAGCAUGCUUCCAUCUCCUGGUUCUUAAGAACUUAAACUCUGGUGUUGAAAAGGGCAAGACCAAGGCUGUAGUCGGUGCCAAUGAGAAAAAGGAGAAAGUGGUCACCGAAAAAAUCAGCUCUGACUCCAACGAUAGCAGCAGCGAUAAAUCGAGUGACGAUGACACCACGUUUAAGAGUGAGAAUGGUUUUGAACAGAGGGGCAAAAAUGCGGGUUUUCAAGACAGCAUAGACAUAAACAGAGCUGCCCCUAUGUUAAUGGAACUUCCCAUUGCUAUGCUUGUGUGCGCCCGAAUCGGUGCUGUUCACUCGGUUGUAUUUGCCGGAUUCUCUGCAGAAUCUCUUGCUCAACGAAUUGUGGACUGCAAACCCAAAGUUGUCAUUACUUGCAAUGCUGCUAAAAGAGGUCCUAAGAUGAUCAACCUUGAGGACAUUGUUGAUGCUGCCCUUGUUGAAUCUGCCAAGAGUGGGUAAACCUACCUAAACACUGUAUAAUCUAAGCUUAUUCAACAAUUUUUUUUUCCCUAAUUGAGUAGCUCCUAAUUUAUUUUGUUUAAGUUAACAUUUUUUUUUUUAGAUAAUCCUCUUUCAGAUUUUUAGGACAAUUUUGAGUUUGUUUAAUUCCGCUCAAUGUAAGUGGAGUUUCUCUGGAGGGAUAGUUGAGAUUUACUUAUCAAGUUUUUCCCUUUUUUUCUUUACUUUUCUUUUCUUUUCUUUCUCUCUCUCUCUCUCUUUCCUUUUUUUCUUUUUUUUUUUUUGGUUUACACCUUUCAUGAAUUUAAGAUAAAGUCAUAAUCCAAAAAAACAUGCAAGGCAAACCAGAGCAUCAUCAAAUUUGAACAAACUCACUAACGUUGUGUUGUAAGGCAUUUACCAUUAUGGUAAUUACUUCUUUUCCCUUUUCUUUUUCCUGGGGUCAUUCGUUUAACUGCUUUGGUAUUUUAUUUGACUUGUGAUCAUUGGUCCUUAUCUACCAGUUUUAGUUCAUUUUGUGGUUUUCUGAUUGUGUUUAUUUUCCUUUUGAGACUUUGGAACUGGUCCUUUUUGAAAAAAUACAUUGAGGUCAUUUUGUUCUUGUUUUGAUUCAGGACGAGGGAUCUGAGUUUUAGAGAAAAAAAUUGGAAUCAGGUGAGGGUUUAUGAUUUUACUUUAAGAAACUAAGUAACUGUUU